AUGGCGACACACCUGGUUUCAACGACGCUAUUAGCGACGGCACUCUCUGCGGUAUCGAAUAUACUGGCGCAAUGGCUGAAGGCGUAUCGGGAAGAAAAGCUUUCAUUCAGCAUAUCUCUCCGUCCGCUUCUCCAGUUCGCCAUCUUCACCCUCCUCUCCUCCCCGCCGAACAUACUAUGGCAGGAUUUCCUCGAGGAUCGGUUUCCAGGCUAUCGGAUCGCCGCCGCCUCGGAGACGCAGAUCCUCGAUAGGUCGAACACCGCCCGCAAGCUCCUGUUCGAUCAGACCCUGGGCGCGUUCGUCAACACGAUAGCCUUUGUUGCUGCCAUGGCCGCGUUGAAAGGGAAGGGUGCAAAGGCCGUGCAAAAGCGGGUUGAAAGGAGUUUUGCAUUGCAGGACACGGUACCACUGAUGAUCAACAGCUGGAAACUGUGGCCGCUGGUCGCCCUGUUCAACUUCAUCUACGUCCCCGUGCAUCGAAGGGUCAUCGUCUCAAGUGUCGUCGGUCUGUUCUGGGGAAUAUACCUUUCCCUCUUUGCCGCGCUGGACUGA